GGCUCUGGCAGGGCUAGGAUCGGAAUGGCUGCUGCUCUCGGACGAACUGGCUGCUUUUGUCUUUCAGCUGCAACAUGAGGACGCAGGGCUGCUGGCGUUACUAUGGACAGUGAGGGGAGCUCCACAGCCCGCAGGGAUGAAAGGAACAUAACUACAACAAGCUUCAAAUAACUGGGAACAUAGACAGAAGAAUUAACUGGUUCAAGUAUGUGACAAGACUGAACAGCCUAAGAGCGUAUCAGUUACUGGACUAUAUCAUAGCCAAGCCUGGCUCCAUUGCUAGCCCAAAUUCAGAUUGCUUUCAGCACGGUUUGCACUGGUGAGUUCUGCUGUUCCACCCCUGGGGAUCCAGAGACAAAAAAACGAUCAACCAGUCACAAUAAUGCAUUCCCUGGAUGAGCCCCUGGACCUCAAGCUUAGUAUCUCUCGCCUGCAUGGUGUGAGGGAGAAGAGGGGCCAAGAAACACUUAAGCAAGCCAGUCUGCACCCAGAACUAAAGAGGGCUGAUGAUGGCUCUGCAGUUAAAACGCCAACCUCUCCAUCUUCUCCAGCAGCAGGUCUGCUGUCAAGCUCAAAACUACUCGAAAAGGCAGAAUCUCAUUUCUCCUCACUCUCCAUGGUGGAUCUCAGCAUGUCUCCUCCUUCUGCUAUAGACUCCCGUGCCGUGACUCCACUGUCACCUGACAGACAUGCUAAUGGUGAUAUGUCACCCAUGACAAAUGGUUCCCCGACUCUCCGCUACCUUGAUGGUGUCGCCAACUCCUUCCAGUUCUUUCUGCCCCUCAGCUCUGGGAAUGCACUGCGCAUGCCACCCUCUGUCUUUGUAACACCAAACAAAGAGACAAGAGUCUCUGCUGAAGUUCUAAUGGAAAAACAAUUGGUCUGCCAGUGGGCAACAUGCAACCAGCUGUUUGACUCCCUUCAAGACCUAGUGGACCACGUCAACGAUGUCCAUGUGAAGCCUGAGAAGGAUGCAGGGUACUGCUGUCACUGGGAAGGGUGCAGCAGAAGAGGAAGAGGUUUCAAUGCCAGGUACAAAAUGCUGAUUCAUAUAAGGACUCAUACCAAUGAGAAGCCUCACCGCUGCCCCACCUGCAACAAGAGCUUCUCUAGACUAGAAAAUCUGAAAAUCCACAACCGCUCACACACAGGAGAAAAGCCCUAUGUUUGUCCAUAUGAAGGCUGCCAUAAACGCUACUCCAAUUCCAGUGACCGCUUCAAGCAUACCCGUACUCACUAUGUUGACAAACCCUACUACUGCAAGAUGAUGGGGUGCCACAAACGUUAUACAGAUCCCAGUUCUCUCCGCAAGCACAUCAAGGCACAUGGGCACUUUGUUUCCCAGGAGCAGCAGGAAGUAUUGAGUGUACACCAGCCAGUUUCCAAGACCUCCAUUACACCAGAUGUGCCUUACAUCAGUGGAACACAAAUCAUCCUUCCUAACCCGUCAGCCAUCUUUGGAAACCAUGCCUUGCAGGGAUUGGGUACUUCAUUGCCAAUUCCAAUAAGCCCAACCCCUUUGGACCUCAGUGCCCUCAGUGGUACUGGUAUUAGUUCUGGUACCCUGGCAACUCUUCCGAAUACCAUGCUUUCUCUCAGUGGGACUCCUAUCAAUCUAACCAAAACACCAUUGAUGCCAACUCCAUUUUCAACAGGAAGUCUUGGACUUCCUCUUCUUUCUUUGGUUCCUGGCUCCUGCAGCUCCCUGGAAAAACUGGAGGCAGAUCGUACAUCUCAUGCAGGAAUUAAGACCCAAGCAGGCAAAAAUCAGGAGCAACUUGAUCUUAGGAGUAUAUGUGAAAGAACUGAAAAUCGCACGCGAUCAACUGCAGAUAGCAUGUCCCUGCUUCCUGGGGCUGUCUUAGACCUUUCUACUGGGAUAAACUCUCUGUGUGGAUCUGAUUUACUCCCACCUGGAUGGGUGGUGAUUCCUCCAGGGUCAGUGUUUCUAAAACCUGCUGUUGUCAAUUGAAUGCUGCUGCUGCAGGGGAUUCCUGUUGGGAGUAGUUUUGCCCAUUCAUGGAGAUAGGGCAGAAUUUCCACUGGGAAUACUUUUGCCCAUUCACGAAUACAGGGUGGGAUUUCCACUGGGAACACUUUUCUCCAUUCAUGAAGACAGGGCUGAGCAAUGGCUACCAUGACAGUGGUCUUUUUCUUCACUUUAUAGACUUUACACUUUGACGAAAAGGAGGACAGAGACAUAUUCUCUUGACAAACAAGCAAGCAAUAAGUUCAGUGCAAUCAGCAAUCAAAUCCCUUCUCUUCAAGUAAGUGCUGUCCUUUCCUUGUUGCACACACAGCACAUUAUUUCAGAGUCAUUGCACCUUAUUAGAGUGUCUACUCAACCUCAGAGACUUAGCCUAAGUGACAUGAAAAGGCAAUUUCCUUUCAGCAGAUUAAUAGAAGUACAUGGCUGAUUACUGUGGACUGACAUCAGGAUCUGUAAAUGUAAAAUAACUAUUUAAAAAAAAAAUGCAACAUUGUCUUCUUCUGCCAGAGAUAUGCAAAUCUUAGAUAAUUUUCAAAAACAUUCAAACUGUGAGUGAUCAUACCUGAUGGGCUAAGGACAUAAUUCUUUGUUAAACACAGUUUCAGUCAUGCUUGCAUCUAGGUUGUUAAUUAUGUGAAACAAAGUGGUGGUUUAGAGGGACUCCUUUGCAGAUAGGUUACCAUGGGUUUCGGUUUGUGGAAUUUUUGAGAUUUCACACUAUGGGUCUAUAAAGAUGUGAAUACCCACCCUUCUGCAUUUAUUGGGAAGUUCCGCACAUGCAUUCCAUAAAUAUAGCCCUUUAGUCUGUAGCCAUUUAGGUUUGAGGAAGCAGUGUCUGAAUUGCACCAUUCCAGUGGUGGCACUUUUCAUGGUAUUAUAUAUGAUACAGUGCAUAUUGUUGCACUAUAUUAGCUGUCUACAGGCAUCAUCUGGGCUGGGGGUAUGAAGCUGAGAAAAAAGAAAACAAUGUUACAGUAGCAACAACCCAUUUUCUACGAAGGCACUUCACAGGCUAAGGAUACAUGUUGCUAUUUUACUUCAGAGUGAGAACAACAGAUACCCAAUUCAUGGUACCAUAUACACCUACUUAAGGAAAUAUUAUUAAAAGAAUGUCAGCUCUGAUUUAUUGGAAAACUGUCAUAACCUGUUUCCCUAUUUUAAAAAUUAAGCAAGAUAUUCUGAUAAAGUUUCAUUAAGGAAGUCAGGUGUGGAUACCUCAGCAAUUCAAAGAGUUAACUUCUUUAGGCUGACAAAACAUAACAGGGUGUUGUAACAGUAAGACAGCACAACCUUGGAAAGGGGCAUUUCCUUUUCCUCAAGGACAUAUUAUCUCAGUGUUAUUAUUAGUAAGGUGGCAUUGAGGAUAAAGCCUCCUACAUGGAGGUAUGGCUAGGUGUGUCCUGAAAAAAAAAAAGACAUUUUUUUUUCUGUUGUAAUGUUUCCAGGUUUCAACUUUUGAUUUUCUGAACCAGACUCAUUGGUAUUUGCAUUUUGUUCUAGUGGAGGCAGGCACUGUUUUCUGCCUGUAUCCAUAGUGACCUUCUUGCUCCUGUUAUAUCUAUUUGAUGGCUUGAUGUCUGUAAUCAUUCAGUACAGUUCAAAUGCUUGCAAAAUUGAAUUGUGUCCUACAGCUUUGAAAAUGCAUGCAGCUGCAUUUUGUAUCCAAAACUAUAUGGCUUCACCAACUCCCUGUGUUUUCCAUGACAAAAUAAAAUAGUUUUUUUAUCUCAGGCUAUUACAGUAGCAAUUAGGCUGCAAGAGGGUUAUGUAACUUUUUAUUGGCCUGUUGCAUAGUCUCUUACUGCAGUUGUGAAGUCACAUUUAAAGCAACUUUUUUUAAGCACUGACCUUCUUAACUUUAAUUAUUUAUUGAGGUAUA